CCCCAGUGGAUCACAACGCGUGAUCCACUUGUGGAACUCUGCCACAGGACAUGGUGACAGCCAACAACCUGGGUGGCUUGAAGAGGGGUUUGGAUGACUUCAUGGAAGAGAGGUCUAUCAAUGGCUACUAGUGGGAGGGCUAUAGGCUACCUCCAGCCUCAGAGGCAGGAUGCCUCUGAGUACCAGUUGCAGGGGAGUAAUGGCAGGAGAGAGGGCAUGCUCCUUUCAACUCCUGCCUGUGGGCUCCCCAGAGGCAUCUGGUGGGCCACUAUGCGAAACAGGAUGCUGGACUAGAUGGGCUUCCUUGGGCCUGAUCCAGCAGGGCUGUUCUGAUGUUCUUGGGUUCCAGAGUCCUGCAUUCCCCCCACAGUGGAAUGGAGCAUUAGCGAAGACACCCUGGUGGAGGGGUCCCCCCCCCUUUCUGAAUUGUCAAAAUAGGUGGCUUAAUCUUGGGGUUUUUGUGUGUGUGUGUUUUAACAGUUUAGUGGAGAGAGACGUGGGCCAAGGCAAGGUCGCCGUUGGGUCACAGAUUGUAGAAGCAGGUGAAAUCUGGGGGGACAGAAGAAGCUGCUGUCUUCUGAGUCAGACCCUUGGUCCAUCUCGCUUGGUUGGAGGGCUGACCCUGACCGGCAGCAGCUUCUCCCGGGUUCCAGGCAGGGGUCUCUCCCAGCCCUACCCGGAGCUGCUGCCAAGGAGUGAGCUUGGGCCCGGCUGCGUGCCAAGCCGACGCUCUUCCGCUGAACUCCCAGCCCCACGGCCAUCCCUCUGUGAAGCCGCAAGCGAGGAGGGGCAACGUCCACUCCCCCCCCCACAAGUGGGCACCUGCCCCACUCAGCCCCUGGACGGACGCUUGUCAGUGGACCCCACGGGAAGCCGGUGGCCGGGUGCUCUGGAGCAGCUGCAGGAGAACCCGCCCCCAGACUGGCCACGAGGAGGAAGCCAGGAGCUCGAGAGCCACGGAAAAUCAGGCUCUCCGAGUCGGAGCCUAGCAACUGGAGAGUGAGGGAGUGAUGAGGGAGAAGGGGCUGGACGCCACCCGGUACGCGUUCUGAGACUGUGUCCACCCCAGGUUUCGGGGUGGGGGGAGCCAGGAACGGGGCCGUUCAGAGCUGGACUCCACCGCCACGGAAGUCCACUUCCAUGCCCACCCAUCGUCUUCCCCCCCCCCCCGCCGCCUGCUGUCUGUCCUCCCCUGCAUCUUUUCCUUUCUCUCCAUCCACCCUCUGCCCACCGGCGCCUCCCAAGAGGCUGCAGUUCCCAACCCUCCCACUCCCCCCGGCCAUUCCCACCCACCCACCAAGGUCAUAAAAUGGUCCUGUGGCGCUUCGGUUUCUUCCGCUCCCGAUUCUUCCCGGACCUCGGGCCCCCUCUUGUCAAUCCCUCUCCCACCUCCUGCAGCAGACCCCUCUUGGCGGCUUCCAGGGUGAUCCGGGCGCCUCCCCCUCAAGCCCCCUGUGUGCUUUGGGGCUGCCCUCAAAGGCAACCCUGUUCAAGGACUGGAAAGCAAAGGGUUGGGAGCAGAGAGCCACAGAAGGCGGAGGACACUUCUGUCUACUGCUUUUCAACAAACAGUUUGCAUAUUUAGAGAGAGAGAGAGAGAAAUGGCUGCCCGUCCCCAAAGGGCUCACAAUCUAAAAAGAAACACAAGAUGGGCACCAGCCACGGCCACUGGAGGGGUGCUGUGCUGGGGACGGAGAGGGCCAGUCGCUCUCCCCCUGCUCCGUCCAGAGAGUCUCCACUUCUAAAAGGUGCCUCUUUGCUCAGUUAGCAGAGGAGGAGUGCAGAGGCAUGGAAUGCGUUGAUGGGACGGGUGUGUUUUUCCUCUUCUGUUCAGAGAAAUGUGACCCGCCCUCUGGGUCUCGAGCGCACAGCUCGGAUUCCACAAAGCUUGCUCUCAGGUAUGCAGAAGGACUCCUCCCUUCGGCUCGCAAGCCCGUCCCUGGCUGAGUAAACGGACAGACGUUUCUCGGAUGGCCUAGACUAGAGCAAGGCUGUACAGAUGUACAAAUGUCGCUCAGCAUUGCCUUCCCAGACUGGCAGCGGCUUCUCCCAGCUUGCAGGCAGGGGUCUCUCCCAGCCCUACCUAGAGAGGCUGCCACCAGGGACCGCUCCCUCCUCUGCCUUGCCUUUCUUCCAUGGUGGUGGCCCAGGUGGCCAUCCACGGGGUGCCCAGGAGGUCUCCCCUCUAAGCAUGGACCGGCCCCAGGCCUGCUUAGCUUCACCAAGGGGGCCUCGCCAUCUCCCCUAGGACCUUGCAGGGGCCGUCUGUGUUGCUAGCAGGCCUUGCGAGGGCCGGCCUGUAGCCAGGGGGCACAGGCAACGCUGGAGCACUCCAAAAAUGUGCCCAGGCCUGUCUGGACCAGGGAAUGUACAGUAUGUGUAGAAGCAGUCUGGUUAUAGCCGAGGAAGGCAGGUCACAUAUGUUACCCAUCUGGUUCUUCAGGUUGGUGGGGUGUGUGUGUGUGUUAUAUUGGGCAGUCCCUAAUGUCUGAGAGUCACUCCUCCCCAGCCCUGUUGAUCCCCAAGAGAAAAGAACGAACGACGCUGCCAGUUGGUGUAGACAAUCCUGAGCUAGAUAGACCAAGCGCCUGGCUCCCCAAGGCAGCUUCCUAGCUCAAUGUCCGUGUAUAAUACCAAAAGGUCUGUCUAUUUAUUUGGGGGGCGGGCGGCUAUAGCUCGGGCACAUCUCAGUCCCUGCCGGUCAGUGCAAAGGCUACCGAGUCAGAGGGACCAACAGCCUGACUUGGUAUACGGCAGCUUCCUAUAUUUAUGGGAUGAGGUCGGAGCUCAGGGGCAGAACACCUGUCUUGUGUGCAGGAGGGCCCCGGUUCAGUCCCUGGCAGCAGCAUCUCCGGGUAGGGCUGGCAGAGAUGCUUGCCUGGAACCUUGGAAGGACGCUGCCAGUCAGUGCAGACGAUACUGAGUUAGAUGGACCAAGCGCCUGACUCAGUAGAAGGCAGCUUCCUGUAAGAUGAUGGCUUGAAGUGGUCCAGAGCCAUGAUUCUUGGGGAUGUAGAUGGAGUUUGUGUGACAUGAACAGAUGUGGACCUACCAAAGUUAGCGGCUCAGGGAGAAGGGUUGUAGGUGUUCCUUCGUGUGCUCCUUUUCGGGGCAGCAUUCAGCCCUGUAGAACCCCACCCCCAUGGCUGAGGGUUUCAGGACAAACCAGAGCAAGUCGUCUCACCACACAUGGAGCUCCCUGCCACAAGAGCUUGUUGGGCCCACUGGCUCAGAGGGAUUUAAAAGGGAAUUGGAUCCCCCGAUGCUGCUGUACUAAAACAUCCAUCGUCCACAGCCAUCGGGGUCAGAGGGUGAUAGGGAUUGUAGUUCCCCCAAUAUUGGGGAACCCACGUUUGAGAGCCCCUGGUUUAUAACAUCUAUGCUACAGCCUUCAAACGGGUGUUCUUUACCAGGUGGGUCCUUAUGUUUGCUAUUUCUAUUUUUGCUGGCCAAUGGCUGUAAUAAAAUGGAUGAUGACCAGGUGGGUCCUUGCCCAUCUCAGACCACCACCACCCCAGCGCCUCUUAAACAGCUCUCCCCCCCUCCACCGCAAGCUUCUGCCUCUUCCCCUCGCCCUUUUGCUCUCACAAUGGACAGUUGCUUAAUUCUGCCAUCCUCUGCCCUAAAACUGCUCCGCUAUUUCACCGAUACGUUCUUUCUAUUCCAUUUUAUCCAAUUCGAACUUUCAUUCCAUUUUAUCCGAUUCACUCUGAUUCCAACUAUCCAUUCCAUUUUAUCCGAUUCACUCCAUCCGGUUCGCACUAUCCACCCCAUCUUCUCCGAUCCACUUGCUGCUGCUUUUUCGCGGCACAUUUGCCCUUGCUGUACUCUUCCAGCCAGGGGCGUAGCAAGGUUGGAGUGGGCCCAGAGACAAGAUUUUAAAUUGGCCCCCCUCACUGAAGCUCAGCUCAUGAAGAUAGAUAGAUAGACAGAUAGAUAGAUAUCCUAUGUGCCACAAUAGAACAUCAUACUAAAUUAUUUUUUUUAAGGUUUUGUGAAUUGUGGACGAUGCAAGUCAUUGAAUGGGACUAGAGAAAGACCUGCUGUUCUGGGAGCUCCAGGUCUUCACACUCACAUCAGUUUCGGAGGAUGAAUACAACUGAAGGAAGCCUGGGCUGGUGUGCGGCUAGGGGAGUCAGUCAUUUGACUUGCCUCUGGGAGGGGGGCAAGGCAGUGGGCCCCCAGACAACUGUUUCCCCUUGCCCUAGUAUAGUUACGCCCCUGCUUCCAGCGUCGUUCCCCCCUGCCAUGCCCAUCUCGGGUCACCUGUGCAAGUUGCCCUCUUGUUUUAUUGGAAAAACAAGAGAAACCUGUCUGCUAUCAGGGUCAAGAUCCUCACGCGAAUCGGGAGGAAUGUAGCUGGCACAGGGAGGGCCGAGGGCAGCUCCCAAAGGCGACGCAAUAAAGGUGCUGGCCGGCUCGGAGGAAGGGGAUCUCUCGUCAUCGUGGUCCUCUCCUCACUUGCGUUUAGGACUGCUUCUGCUGCUGGUCCUGAGCACCGUCCGUUUGAACGAGAAGGAACAUCUCGAAAAGAACCAGCCUCCGCCAGGAUGGCUGCUUCCCUUCUGCUCACAAUACUGGCUGCCCUCGGGACCAUGGCUGACAUCGAGGUGAUCCCUUACACCCCCCACAUCACUGAGCUGAGCCUUGAAGGCAAGAUCACCACCAGCACCUUCGCCCUGGAAACACCCAACUGCGUGUUUGAUAACUUUGCCAACUCCUCUGACAUCAUCUGGCUGGUGGUCACCUUCUCGAAUGUCACAGGCACCUUCCAGAACCCACCGAACCCCCAGCGGAUCCCGACGUAUGAAGACCUAUACACCACUUUCAGCUACAUGACCAUGCGGUCGACUCUCUCCCAGUUCCCCUGCAGCCCAGGCCAGUCCAGGAGAGUUCUCCGGGUCGGCAACGAAUCUGUCUGCAAGAAUGACGACGGCCGGACCAACUGCAACAGCCCCUUGCCUUCUCCGGGUACUUACAGAGUGAAAUUCCUUGUCAUGAACAGCACGGGAGCCAGAGCAGAAACGCGAUGGUCUGCUCCAAUCGAGCUGAGAAAAGCUCAAGCGUGGCAGACGGUGGAUACGUGGCCUGGCCGGCGCAGCGGGGACAUGAUCGUCAUCACCGUCAUCCUCUCCGUCCUCUGCGGCGUCGUCACCGUCGGCUUCCUCAGCACCGUCUGCUACGAAUGCUUCAAGUUCUGGCACCACGGACCCCCCGAGAGCCAAGAGGAGCCGAGCCCGGAGCCCCUCCAGGCCAGCCGCUACAACACCCACCACAUCCCCCCCGUGCCCCCCAUGCCACCCACUCCCCCCGCUGUGGAUUUGCCUGUGGCUUAGCUUAUUUCGAUCUCUCCUGAGAGCCAUGGUGAUCACAACCCUUCCUCCCCCUGCAAAAAACAACAACACUCUGUCUUCCAGGGUGGGGUCUCUCCCAGCCCUACCUGGAGACGCCGGCGGCCUUCCCCAUGCAAAGCAGGGUCUAUAUGCCCCUGUGCUGCCGCGCUUUACCGGGGCGUGCUGGCAAUUGUCCCGUGCACAGACACGCCUAUUGAGAAGCUCCUCUCUGCAGGGUGUCCUGUUGUAGCAGGGGUUCCCAGAUGUCGUGGACUACAACUCCCAGCAUCCCCUGCUACAAUGGCCUUUGGCUGCGGUCUUCAGCCCAACCAUAUGUCCCUGCUCUAUGCUCUUUCUUUCACUCAGUGCAAAUGUCCCUCACUUUGGGAGUCACCCCGUCCCAUUCCAGUUCACUUUUCUAUCUCUUCUUCUUCAUCCUUCAUCCUCCCUCAUCCUUCAUCUUCUGCUUCUGCUUCUGCUUCAUGACGGCCACUGACCAAAGAAACCGCAUAGCAAGAAAGACAGCAGAUCAUACGACAUAAGACAGCGAUACGUGCUGCAUAUACACAUCCGCUGAACAGGCAAGUCAAAUGAAUGCCGUUAUGCUAAUUCAAGCCAAUAAAAAAAAUAAAAGGUA